GAGGUGAAACAUUUUAGGGUGCUGCCUCUGAAUCUGAAUUUCAACAAUAGACUAAAACGAUCCAGUCCUGGGCUUCUCUAAAUUCUUUUGUUGCUGACCAGACCUUAAUUUUAGGCUUUGGAGGGUGUGUCUAUGCGAAUGAACGACUGAAAACUCAGAAAACGAAAACUAGCUUUUACGGAAUUUCAAUUAAUUACGUUUCUCAAAACUAUGCAUCAUGCCCAUUUGUGGGCAUUGGAUGAAAAGAUAAAUCUUUCCAGAAGGGGCAGAGGAGGGAGAGGCAAUUCUGGGUGGGGAAGUUGGGAGAAAAGAAAAUCAGUGUCUCCUAGUCUUCGCCCAGUUUGGCUCGUUUGGGGUACUCCCCGACCCCGCGUUACCAGGCCCGUGAAUCCCACUCCCACCAGAGAAUUAGCGCGGGCGAAGAGCAAAGUGAAACUUAGUAGCCCGGAACUUUGCGUGCGGGGUUCCGGCAGCAGCACGCACCGGGAAGCGUUUGGGCGCUGCACCGCGCUGAUCCGUGCCCGUGAGUCCGGCGCGCAGAGGAGAAGGAGAAAGCUGACUCCUUAGGCCCGGGUAGUGGUCCUCGUGGUUUUCCUUGUAGUUCGUGGUCUGAGACCAGGCCUCAAGUGGAAACGGCGUCACCAUGAUCGCACGGCGGAACCCAGAGCCCUUACGGUUUCUGCCGGAUGAGGCCCGGAGCCUGCCCCCGCCCAAGCUGACCGACCCGCGGCUCCUCUACCUCGGCUUCUUGGGCUACUGCUCCGGCCUGAUUGAUAACCUAAUCCGGCGGAGGCCGAUCGCGACGGCUGGUUUGCAUCGCCAGCUUCUAUAUAUUACGGCCUUUUUUUUUGCUGGAUAUUAUCUUGUAAAACGUGAAAACUACCUGUAUGCUGUGAGGGACCGUGAAAUGUUUGGAUAUAUGAAAUUACAUCCAGAGGAGUUUCCUGAAGAAGAGAAGAAAACAUAUGGUGAAAUUUUUGAAAAAUUCCAUCCAGUACGUUGAAGUCUUCAAAAUGCUUGCUUCAGUUUCACUGAUACCUGCUGUUUCUGAAUUUGAUGGAAUAUGUUUCUAAUGACAGUUGAAGCUUAUGCUAAUCUGUAUGUUGACACCUUGUAAUUAAAGUAGUUACCAUGAGUACUCUGACUCUUUAUUGUUGUAAGAAAAAUAGUUCAUCAGAGAAUGGUCAGUUUCCAUUCACCCAUCUGAAAGAUUUUAAAAUGAGGUUGAAUUCUAGUUUAGAGUUAGCAGACUACCCAAAUCUGGCCUACUGCCGAUAAAGUCUCAUUGGAACACAGCCACGCUCAUUUGUUUACAUGUUGCUUAUGGUGACUGCCAUACUGCAAGAGCAGAACUGAGUAGUUGUGGUAGAGACCUAUGGCCUGCCGAAAAGGUUUGCCUGCCCCUGUCCUAGUGCAAAGUGAAUUUAGAGUGAGCCAGAUUAUGGAGGAUUCUGUGACUCUUGCCAAAUAAUUUUGACUUCAUCCUGUAGGUAUUAAGUCAUUAAGGCGUUUUAAAUCACACAGGUUUGUGUUUCUGAGCUGUCUGUAAUGAUAUAGAAGGUGGUUUAGAAGGAGGAGACUCCAGACAAGGAAAACAGAAAUCUUAUGUUGCCAAGUUGUCUUUGCUCUUAGGUGGAUUAUCCUGGAGAAAGUGGACUCAGGAGCUAAUACUGUCUACAGUGGAGCUUGGUGCAAUUAGCAAAAGACUGUACCUAACUGGAAUGAGGUUACUUUUUAUGGCUUAUCAAAUGCUUGUCCUGGCCCGAUGCAGUGGCUUAUGCCUGUAAUCCCAGUACUUUGAGAGGCUGAGGCAGGGUAGAUUGCUUGAGCCCAGGAGUUCGAGACCAACCUGGGCAACAUGGCGAAACACUGUCUCUACACAAAAUACAAAAAUUAGCCGGGCAUGGUGGCACGUUCCUGCAGUCCCAGCUAUUCAUGAGGCUGAGGUGGGAGGAUCUAUUGAGCCCUGGAAUUUGAGGAGGCAAUUAACUAUGAUUGUGUCACAGUUCACUGCAGCCUGGGUGACACUCCAGCCUGGGUGACAAAGGAGACCCUGUCAAAAAAAAAGUACUUGUCCCAAAAGUUUUUGUUUCCUAGCUUAGAAUUUAUAAUCAGAUUAGGUUUUAGAGAUAAAGUAUAUGUGGUUUUUUUUUUUGUUUUUUUUUUUUUUGAGACAGUCUUGUUCUGUCAUUAGGCUGGAGUGCAGUGGCGCAAUUUCGGCUCACGGCAACCUCCACCUCCCGGGUUCAAGCAAUUCUCCUGCCUCAGCCUCCCGAGUGGCUGGGACUACAGGUGCAUGCCACGAUGCCCAGCUGAUUUUUGUGUUUUUAGUAGAGAUGGGGUUUCACCAUGUUGGCCAAGAUGGUCUCGAUCUCUUGACCUUGUGAUCCACCUGCCUUGGCCUUCCAAAGUGUUGGGAUUACAGGCGUGAGCCACCGCGCCUGGCCUAUAUGUGAUUUCAAAUUGGGUGGCCUUAUAAAUAUAAGCAGAUGGUUUCUGGGCAAAAUCAAAUGAAUUCUGUCUCUGUUUUCUUGAGUACCAAUUGUAAAAACUGAAAUUAGGUUGAAGAAAGUGCUUUAGAAAUAAUAAAGAUGUACAAAUACAA